AAACACCAUUUCUAGUUUGAGAGAACACGUGGAUUUCUUUAAAAUGGCGAAUCCUAAGAAUGUGUAUUAUGUGUGUUGAUUAAAUUGUCAGUGUUCUGGAUAUGCCUGGAUUGUGGAUAAUGUUUGAAAUCGGAAAGUUGGGAAGGUUGUUGAAAAUUCUUGGAAUUAAAUUAACAGCUGUUGGUACGGUGGAUUAACUUGUUACAGCAAUGCCUAGUUAUUUAGAUGAAUUUCAUUCGUUUAUGAGACCAGUCGAUUUAAGUACGUCAAGUCCAUAUUCUAACUGGAUAGGAUGCUUUCGGAAAAAUUCAAGCAAUAUCAAUUAUUUAUCCUCCUUGGAUCUGGAAUCGAAUCCUGGAGUGGAAAACAUUCAACCCAAAAUGGGACGAUCGAACUCAUCAGAAUCACAGUCCUCCAGUCAUGGUGGUGUCAAUCAGUUGGGAGGUGUUUUCGUUAACGGUCGUCCCUUACCAGAUAUGGUGAGACAGAGGAUAGUAGAACUGGCUCAUCAAGGAGUGAGACCCUGUGAUAUUAGUCGGCAACUCAGGGUGUCUCACGGAUGUGUGUCUAAAAUUCUCGGGAGAUAUUACGAAACAGGUUCAAUCAAACCUGGAGUCAUUGGGGGAAGCAAGCCUAAAGUUGCUACACCAAAAGUGGUAGAUGCUAUUGCCAACUACAAAAAACAAAAUCCAACCAUGUUCGCAUGGGAAAUCAGAGACAGGUUGCUGUCGGAUGGAAUAUGUGAUCAAGAUAACAUCCCAUCUGUCAGCUCCAUUAACAGGAUUGUACGAAAUAAGGCAGCUGAAAAGGCCAAAAGCGCUGUAACUUCCAGCUCCAAUAGCCCCAGUCCACAAAUGACGUCUACCGUAAUUGUGACGUCUCAUCCCGACCAAAGGCCAUCUUAUUCCAUCAAUGGUAUUCUUGGUAUUCCUAAUCCCUUAGAAGAUAAUAACGGUAACAAAAGAAAGAGAGACGACGACAGUGAACACUUGGUUACCGACUCAAGAGAUUUACCUCUUCAUCCACAACCUGAAGAAGACGAUGAGGAAGAGGAAGCAAAAAGGCAAAGGACGCAUUACAAUGGUGAUCAACUAUAUAACACGCAAAUGUGGUCUAAAUGGGCCAAACAAGAUGACCUUCAAAAAUCUAUGCUUGUUGAGUUGGGAAGUGCACCUUCACCGUUGUCGAACGGAAGUCUUCAUUACGCGACUUUACAACAGCCUCAGUAUAAUUCCGAUCCAUCAUUCGCUGACCAUCUUAAACAAGAUUUGGUCAGUUAUGAUAUUGGACUUACAUCUCAUGUACAAACAACAGCAGUCUAUUCUCCUCCUUUAGGCAGUGGUUCCCUAACUCCACUCACUCCAAUAAGCAUGCAAGAAGUGAAGCAGCAGCUAAUCGUCAAUCCCGGCAAUGUCCUCGACAAUCCUUACGCCACAGUUGGCAGCGUGGGAGAGGUAUGUGGAGGCAGUCCUUCACCAGCAAAGGCUGAAUUGAAUGAAGGUACUUCAGCCCUUACUGUGUUGCAGCCUGUACAUAGUCCUCUUAGUCCGAACGCUACAUACACACCUCUACCUUCUUUCUCCCAGUAUCCAUCAGUGACGAGCAUGACUGUCCCAGGAACUGGGGUCGCUGCAGUUCCAUGUUCAGAAUAUUCGUACACUUCCCCUUACACUCAGUAUUCAACAUCCCCGUAUGGCACCUAUGGAUAUACAAGUAGUAGCAUAGUUGAUCCAUCCUACUACUAUACCAGCCGUCCAAUUACAACGAAUCAUUCCGUCCUCACAACAGCCCCGUCGCUCAGCCCGGAUGCGUACAAGGACAGAUGCUAAUCCAAAGUAAUCCACUACUAGAAGUGGCUACCUCAAAGCAAUGUAUUUAGUCAUCCAGCUGGUUAAUCCAAAGUUAUUUUUGUAGAAGGAUGAUGUGUACAUAAUAGACUCAUAAGUCGAAGCUGCACAACGAUAACUACCGUUGUCACAUUUAUGAUGUGGCCGCACACGAUUUGCUAGCUGGAAUCGGCGUUGCUGAGUGCUUCCAAAGAUAUCUAAAGCUCGGCUUUAAUUCUCUUAUGUGAUUUAUGUAGAUUAAAAAUAGACAAAACAAAAUCUGGAAGUCAUAUCAAUCGACCUUCAUUCUUUUAUUUGAUUUCACUUGGAGGAAGUAAAAAAAGGUUUGUGUUGCAGUUAAAGUUUUAUUCCAAAUUCAAAUCUUACCACUAGGGAAUCUCAUUAACGGACUUAAGUACAUUUACAUAGUGAAUAUGUAUAAUAUAUUUUUAUUAUAGUUGCUUUAACGACUCGUAAAGUUCGUUUUAUUUAAUCGAACUUAUAACAAUAUAUACAUUUAUGAAUUACUAUGGAAGAGUAUGAUAUAAAAUUUAGCUAUUAAAUUACGACAGUAAGAAAGUUAUGUGAAAAAGAGUGGAGAGAUUUGGAAAAACGGAAAACUUACGCAAACCUUGCAGUUGCAUUCAUUAAUACAAAAAAUGCCAUGAUUCUGUGGUUUUCAUUUCAUGGAUAUCAUUUUCUAGACGUCGAACUGUGAAAAUGAGAUGACAUCAUCUGAGUCAAAUGGUGAAGAAGUGAUGAAAAUAAAUUUCGGUUCAUAAUCGUGUUAGUAGUGAAACGCCUUGCGUCAAGUUCCUGAUAUGAAACAUUGUAAAAAAAUUUCAUAAUAUUAAUACAGGGUUAUAGAUCAUAAAUCAGAAUUUUUCAGCAAAUUCUGAAUAUCUUGGAUAUUAUUCAAAUUGUGUUGUGGCCCUGGUGACACAAGCAAUACAGAAACUUUAAUGCAGCAUAAUGCUCAAAGAUGAAGAGUGUUCGCUUUUGCGAGAACAUAAUUACUUAGUUCUCCACAUUAUUUCAAGAAAAAUUCGAAGUGAAAAAAAGAUUGAAUGUUGUAUUUUUUGUAUUCUACGAAUGCCUCGUGUUGAAUCUCAUUGUGAGAACAACUACAACUUUGAUCUCUAAAUUUCUGACAGAAACCAACCAGCUGGAAAUGAAAGAUGCUCAGACUUGAAUAGACUGUUGCAUUUUGAUUACAUGAAGAGACUGCAAAUGUAACUGUAUUGUUUCUUUUUUUUUUAAUUUACAUACCAAAGAGAUUUUUAAUUUGUUCAGUUUUUUUUUUUUUUUUUUCUUUUUACUGUCGCUUUUUUGUAGUUUUUACCCUUUUGUAUUAUUAACAUUUUCAAAUUUUGACAAAUGAAACAGUAUCUGUUCGAGUCAUGUUUUAUUUUUCUCCACGUUUGAAAAACGUGGCGAAAUUUUAUUGUCUUGUAUCUGUUAAAUGUGUUUUUGUUGAUCGAAAAACAAAACUGCUUUGUCUUCCGUUUAUUUGUAGUCAAUCUAUUUAUAGUAGCAGUUAUUUUUCGUUGAAUUCUACCGUGGAAAAAAAAUCCAUUACUGUUUUCAUCGACGUUUUGGGAAUUCCUGAUUUAUUUAAUGUAUAAGUUUUAAAAGUUAUAAUAUAGAACCAUUUUAAUAAAGUUUCAGUACGCAUCAAUGCAGAAAUCGAAUUUCCAAGAAGCAUAGGAUGUUAUAAAAUAUUUUAAUUAUUGUAUAAUGUGGUUCAGAAAUAUUUUACAUCUUAUGUUGCCUGGAAUUUUAAAUGACAUGAUCUCAUCUAAUCAUUUUUAUAAACAAUUUGGUGCAAUUUUAGUAAUACAGUUUUCAAUACAUUAAAAAUCUAAUAUAAAUAAAUCAAGAAUAAAAUUUGAUUCCUAAAUACUUAUUGGGGGAAGGAGGAGACUUGAAUGCUUUAAAAUGGCGUGGAAAUGAUAAUUUAGAUAAGGUAAUUUUUCCAUUAGCAAAAUAUUGAAUUUUUAAUAAAGAAAGUGAUAAAUAUUACUUUGCACUAAUAUAGUUUCUAUUAAAAAUCAGUUAUCAUGACUGAAAGCAUUUAUUUUAGUUUAAGAAUUUGUAUAUAAAAUCUCAUUUUAUUUUUUUAUCAAAUAAAUACGAUUAUAAGUACACAUAUAUGUUUGUUUUAUGAAAAUUAAUAUAUAUAUAUAUUACCGCACAUUUCUGCAUGCGAUUUGUAUGUGAGUUGGAGACUUUUUUCCCAAUAUGUAAGUGCGGUAGUCUGCUGCUUGUUAGCAAUAAGGUUAGUUAUGCUGUAUAUUAAUAAAAUGCAAAUAAGAUUGGUGAAAUAUUUUUAAAUUACAAAUUAAAAGUCCAGUUAACUGUGAUUUAUAAAAGUGCUUUGCUUUUAAAUUUGAUCUACUAUAUGUAAUAAAUGGCAAAUCAAGUUGACAAAUAUAGGAAGUUACAUGCAACCUCAAAACCGGUGAAUGAUGUCAAACCUUGUUUCUAAGCAUAUUAAAAUUAUACAAAACUCUAGAAAUUAAAAAAAAAAUGUUUAAAGACAGAGUUUUAUAAACAAUAAUAUAGUGUAUGAAAAUUUAUAUCUUAAUCGCUUUUAAACACAUUCAGAUCAUAUCAGGAAUAUUUAAUUACCAGUAAUAGUAUACCUCACAGCUUUUCUCGUUUUGUCAGCUUGGGUUGUCAUUAAAUAUAGUAUAUAUGUAUAUAUAUUUAACCCUGGAAUGAAAAUCUCAAGUGAUAGUGACUGCAGUUCGGACUCGAAUUGAGUUACAAUUAUGGAUAAAUUGCUUUGCUGUAUAUACAAAAUAUGCUCUUUGUAUAUGCUAUCUAAGACCUUGAACCAGUUGACAAUUAGACACCGACCAUUCGGGAUCCAUCAUUUCUGUUUCAGCAGGUAAUUGUUUAGACCCUAAUAGUGAAACUGACUCCAUAUGAGUCAAAAGAAACCAAAGAUAACAGUUUAAUACCCCAAGAAUCAUCAGCAGAAAAUUUUUUGUUUAAAUAUUGCUUGGUACAACUAAAAAAUGAAAAUGGAAUCUCAAAUUUCGCAAUACAGGCAUUCUUUAGCAUUAUAACAUGCGUGAUGAAAUAUAUAUAUAUAUAUAUAUAUAUAUUAAAGCAAAAAUAUCAAAAGAUAAGAAUUUGAUUUUAUAUAAAUUUUUUGCUUAUAAAAUAUGCUAAUUUUUUUUAGAAUGGCGGAAUUUUAUAGCAGGAAUCAAAUUGACUCUAGCAUUUUCAUUGAGAGGGUUAAAGGUCGUGGCGUUUUCAUUCCAGGGUUAAGAGAAUAAGAAACAGCAAAACUAAAUAGUUAGAGCUUCUGAAAACAAGAUGGUCUUCCCAAAACGUGUAUUGUACUUAAUGACUAAUUAAAAUCAUAUAUAUAUAUAGUGUUCGAAAGGGCUCAUUUACUUAAGAAGCGCGAAGUCUUCUUAUUGUUAUUUAUUGUGUAAAACAUUGUCUAUUUUUGUACAUCGCACCAUUUAGCACAGUUCGUUCUGUUACUUGCACACAAGUCCUUCUUCCAACUUCGAAGCCAUAAGUAUUACCAACGCCAUUUACUGCAAAAAUUCUGCCGAAUAUCUGUUUCUUCAAAGCUUUCCUUUUUAUAAGCAAAUUCAUUUUACAUUACUAAUUUUAUAUAUACAUGCAUAACAUUAAAACUUUGUGAACGAAAGUUUAAUGGCGUUGGCAACAUUUGUGGAUCGGUGCUCCAUAGGAUGAGCGACCUGUGCGCUCAGUGAUUGUUCUACUUAAGACUGAACGAAUAUUUUGCUCUGCUCAAUCAUUUCUAAAAAUAAAAUAUAUUUCACUCA